AUGACCGAUGAGGAGGAUGAUUAUAUGUCCGAUAACUUUUUGGCAAUGACUCAAAAUGUGAAGCCAGGUAUUGCAAUAAGUGCAGAACAUAGGCGAAUGCUCAGAAUAGAAAGUGAACGAGUACGAGCACGCAAAGAAGAUUUGGCAAAGCCAAAGAAACGUGAACUGGGUACGCAUUCUCAGAUAUAUUCAUAUUCUACUCUACUUCAAAAAUGCGAUGAACAUCGUGAAUCUUCGUGA